AUGCGUUUCACACUCUUCACUGUCUUUGCCUUUGCCAGCCUUGGCCUCGCUACGAUUCCUGCCGGAGGAACCUGCAAGCCUGAUGGUAGUAUGGGCAACUGUGCCUCUGGCCUGUGUGUGAAAGAGGCCAACGCUGCCACCGGAAAGUGCAAAUGA